AGUAUAUAUUUUCAGAUAAAAAUGAGUAAUUUCUGUAAAGAGACCUGAAUCCUGACUGAAAAAAGUAUUAAUUGUUAGUUCUUGGUCGCCAUUGUUAAGAAUAGUUUCGAGUGAUUAAAAUCAAAUUUUGGAGGAUUUACUAGGUUAAUGGGUUACAGCUGCAGCGAAGCUGAAAGUUUAAAUGGGCAAUACUUAUAAACUUAAUGUUGACAUGGGGACUAUUUGUGACAAAUUCUGUACAGAAAAAAAGAAAGCUUCCCCUCCACACACGCUUAGUGAGCUACUCUCAACAGUUGGAUUUUCGGAGAUCUCAGAACAGAAUUUAAAUACUGAGCUCAUUAACAAUAUCUGGAUCAGUAGGUUUGUUGAUUAUUUACGGAAACGGAAUCUUGAAGAUGAAGAAACUAGUCUCAAGUUCCUCAUCCUUACCCAGCCCCUGAAAGCUCAGUACAAGAAGACCGGAAGCUACGGAACCAGUAUAGAGCAGCAGAGAUGGAUAUUCUCAUUCAUCUGUUCUUAUUUCCUUAGUGAAGAUUCUACCAAUAUCCUGGCUCUAGAUAAUCAGGCACUAUUUAAUGAUCUCCAGGCUACUCAGGCAUCUAUACAGGCAGAUCUUAAGGUUUCUAGUGAAGCACUAGCUGACCUGCUCCGGGCUCGAGAUGACCUGCUGAUCUGGGAAGAAGGACUGGAACCGGUUUAUUUCAAGUUUCUCCAACCAUACUCUACACCUCACAUCGCCACUCUACUUUCUAUACUGUGAUACAAUACAAUACAUCAACUUUUAUAAUUAUUUCAGAUAUCAUGUCUAAAUAAAACGCCAACAAAUUCGUUUUUAUAAAGAAAAUAUAAAGUUCUGAACAAAAGACAA